AUGUCGAAAUUAAUGUUAAGUCCAAAUUAUUGUAGCUGUACUGUUCAUCGAGCUCGAAAUUUAUUAGAUAAAAGACUCAAUCCUUUUUGUACGAUUUCUAUGGGAAAAGAAAAGUUUGUUACUGUUGUACGUGAAAAAACUUGUUCGCCCGAUUGGCAGGAACAAUGUGAUAUGCCGAUUAUUGAUGAUGCAAGAAUAAAAUUAACUAUAUAUCAUAAAAAUAAAAAUUCUUUGUCAAAUGGAGAUUUUAUUGGUCGUACUUAUGUUUCUUUACGUGAUUUAGAUGAUUAUGAUCGUGUUCAUUCAAAUUGGUAUAAAUUAACGGAUAAAGACGGAAAACUUGAUAAAGAUCGUGGAGAAAUAGAAGUAUCAUUACAAUUCUAUUCGCAGAAUAAUACAACUGGAAGUGUAUUGGAUUUAGCAACGAAAAAAAAACAUUUGUCACUUAGAGACAUUAGACAUUCGAUAAGUGGAAAGUUAAAGACAGCAUCAAAACAUGGUAAGCACGAUCAACAUGGAAAUGAAAAUCAGUUAGCUGAUCAGCGUCGCCAUUUGAGUAGUGACAAUGGUAGUGUUAAUAAUUUACGCCGUCCUGAUGAUUCUACAUCUGACUCAACAUCAUUUAUUGGUUCACAUACAUCCUUGAAUAGUCUGCCAUACAAUGAUCCAAAACAACAAAGAAAGAGAAUUGAAAUUAAACAAAAUCCUAUUUUUAAACAGAAAUCACGUGCUCCGAGUAGUGGUAUUGGUUCAACAGUAGGUAGUGAAACACCACAAUCGUCACGUCGUUCAGUAACGUCAGAUUAUGAAACAUCAUCAAUACUCGAUUCAGCAUCGAUGUAUGGUGGUGAGGAAAGUUCAAUACCAUCACCCUCUAUUCGUUCGCAAAUUCAAGAACAACAACAACAACAAGAAGUUUUUGUUAAUGAUCAUGUAUUAUCAUCAAAUUCUCUAAAUAAAAACAAAACAAAAGAAUCAUUUCCAUUAUUAAAUGUAUCAACAAUAAUCACAAAAAAAUCUUCAAAUUCAUCUUCAUUACCAAUAUCCAAAGAUAAUAAUAAAAAUAUUACAAUCACAAAUGAUGAUAUUGAAGCAGCAUUUGAUUCUAUUGAUGAUAAUAGAACGUCAAUGAAUAAAUCGAAAGAUCAUGAAAUAACAUCAAUACCAAAUUCAUUUUUUGGUCUAUCAACAAUAAAAGAAAAUCUUGAUGCAGAUGAAAAUAUUUUCAGUUCAACUUCAUCAAAACAUCCAAAUGAUGAAGAUAUUGAUUUUGGUAAUUAUUUUAAUCAAAUUAAUCAACCAAAUGAAAAUAAAAAAACUAAAAAAUCCAUUUUGAAUAUUUCACAAUCAAAAUCAACUCUUCAUUCGAAAGAACAACAACAUUCUAUAUAUUCACAAUCUGAUGAUAUUCGAACACCAUCUGCAUCUAUCUCUGUAAAACUUAAUACUACUUCAAGUUCUUCUACUACUCUUUCCGCAAAAAAACAAUUUAAUGAUAUAAAUGAUUCAACCGAUGAAGAUGUCGAUGAAGUUUUAGGAACAAUCGAGCGUAUAUCCAGUAUGCGUUCUUCUGUGAGACGUAGAAUUCAACCUCGAGAUGAUAUUAUGCUACAAUCAUUUUCUGAGACUGAUAAUAAAUGGUCUAGUGGUCAUGAUCAUACACCACCAAAUCGCAAUACGAAAACAACGUUACCAGACAUUCUUGGUCAACCAUCAGUAAAAAGUUCAUCUCCGUAUACAACCUCUUCUGGGUCUAAAAGACUUGUGAAUAAUGGUCUUAGUGUACUUGGUUAUGAAAAUGUGAAAAGUACUCCAGUUAAUCCAAAAAUUCGUCAAGAACUUGAAUAUCUUGAUCGUGACGACCUUCUUCAUGUAAUUGCUUAUCAAUCGGAUUUAAUAAAAAAACGUGAAAUGCGUUUAAAAGAUCUUGAAUAUUAUACUGAUGGUUUAUUGGUUAAAAUUGUUGAACAAUGUCCAACUAUACUUCAAGUAGGAGGUUCUUUAAAGAAAUAA